AUGACCUGUCAAGAUAUUGCCUCGUUGUCGCAGUUCUGCGCCAAGUCAGCGCCAACUUUGACAGCGAGUCCUGCUGGCUAUCCGGUCCUGGCUACUCUGCUUCUGUUACAGCAUCAGUGCACUCUUUGCGCUCUUGCAUUUACGCACACAUACCCGAACAUACACAUCAUAAAGUACGAGUCUUAUCUUCGCUUGACUGCAGCAGCCAUGCAGAAGGCACUAUACAAUAUAAAUUCUUACGACCGGACUCGGCCAAACAGCAGCAGCCUCAUGGCCUCAUCCAGCCGGGCAAACGAGACGACCCGACCAUGCUGUCAUUCCGCCGCAAUGAAAUUUCACCGAGCGACCGACGCUGGAGCUGGAGACCAGGCCAGAGCAGCGAUCGUUUGGGCCAAGCCAUGUGUCGUUUGUGCUCCGCUGGUUAUUUGUUUUCCAGACCAACCAGCCUGUGAUAUGGCCACCGAGCGACGUAUAAAGUCUCUGAAACUGCGCAUCCGCAGCUUAGAGACUUCUUUCAAUCUCAUCAGAGUUUUUGUCAAUAACUAUGAUGACGAAACUCACGCCGUCGAAGUCCCAGUACGUCUAGAAAAUCUCAUCGCGCUCUGGACGGACUACUCUAAAACCCAGGCCGAACUCGAGGCCUCCGAUGUCGACGAUUUAGAAAGCAUCGAGCAGCAGUUUAAGCAACGCUCACAAUUUGAAACUGAGUACUAUCGUGUGAAGGGAUUUUUGUUGGCAGUUAAUAAAAAUGCUUCGACACCGUGCCCUCAGCCUGCUCCCUCAAAUUCGCAUUUCCCUGCUUCCUCUCAUAUUCGGCUGCCAGACGUGAAGCUUCCUGUAUUCAACGGCUCCCUAGACCAGUGGCUAAACUUUCACGACCUGUUUCUCUCUCUGGUGCACUCUUCUGGGGACUUGUCGAACAUACAAAAAUUCUACUAUUUACGAUCUUCGUUGAGUGGAGAUGCUCUCAAACUCAUACAGACUAUUGCGAUCAGUGCAAACAAUUACCCCGUAGCCUGGAACCUUCUCGUAGAGCAUUUCCAAAAUCCAUCACGCCUGAAACAAACCUACGUCGACUCUUUAUUUGAAUUUUGUCAACUCAAAAAGGAAUCAGCUUCUGACCUUCACUCUCUGGUCGAAAGGUUUGAAGCAAACGUCCGGAUUCUUAAGCAGCUGGGAGAGAAAACCGAAUAUUGGGACGUCUUGCUUAUCCGAAUGCUGAGCAUUCGCCUUGACCCAACCACCCGUAGAGAUUGGGAAGAAUUUUCAUCGUCAAAGGAGGGUGCAACAUUCCAGGAUCUUGUAAGUUUCCUUCAACGAAGAGUCACGGUCCUACAAAGUGUAUGCAACAAUCUACCAGAAGUUUCGUCAGUCAGAAAACCAGUACCACGUCCUACACUCGUCAGCCAUGGGGCUACUCAGUCCAACUUUCGCCAAUGUUUCGCCUGUUCCGACCACCAUCCGAUGUACCAAUGUCCGGUUUUUUCCAAAAUGUCCUUUGAGGACAAGGAGAAGUUAGUUCGUCGCCAACAACUUUGCCGGAAUUGUCUGCGGAAGGGUCAUGUAGUUCGGAAUUGCUCAUCGAAGAACACCUGCCGGAAAUGCCGAGGGAGACACCACAGUCAGCUUUGCAGUGAAGCGCCUGCUGCUGCUGAGCGCAUCAAGCCACGAAGUGAAUCCAACGCAACGACGGACCCCAUUCCAACCAGCGAAGCUUCUUCUUCGCUAUCAGCCGCAGUGCACGCCCCAGUUACUGGUCGAAAGUUGAAUAAGGUGAUUCUCGCAACUGCAGUGAUUAAUUUAGUCGACGAUCAUGGUAAUAACCACUUGGCAAGGGCACUUCUGGAUUCAGGAAGCGAGUGCAGCUUCAUCACCGAGUCAUUCUCACAGCGACUUCAGAUUCAACGCAAAAGGGUCCAUCUCUCAAUAUCCGGCAUUGGCCAAUCAUCAACGCAAGCUCGCCUGAAACUUCGAACUACAGUACGGUCUCGAAUUUCCGGAUAUUCAACUGUCGUAGACUUGCUCGUGCUGCCUAAGCUUACGUUGAAUCUUCCCUCAACCACGAUGGACAUCUCAAAAUGGAACUUUCCUGAAGAAAUCAAGCUUGCGGACCCAGCCUUCUACCAAACUCAAGCCAUCGACGUGGUCCUGGGCGCUGAAGUGUUUUUCGACAUUUUCAAAUCUUCAGGUAGAAUCUCGCUAGGUGAAGGUUUCCCGAUGUUGGUGGAUUCGGUCUUCGGCUGGGUUGUUUUCGGGAAGGUAAUGAGGUCGAAUAAUAUCAACGCCAUUUCCUGCAAUGUCGCUACUGUUGCGGAGAUUCAUCGGUUGAUGCAACGCUUUUGGAGCAUUGAGGAGGAAAACGGGGCUGCGUGUCUGUCGGCAGAAGAAGCAGAGUGCGAGAAUCAUUUUCGUCGAACGGUACAGCGUUCUCCAGAUGGCCGGUACAUCGUACGAUUACCCUUGAAGGAGGCAGCAGUCAACAUUGGUGACAACCGCAGCACGGCAUUACGGCGAUUUUACAUGAUUGAAUCUCGUCUUCAACGCAACCAGGAGCUUCGGAUUCAAUAUCGGGACUUCAUGGCCGAAUAUGAAACCUUGGGUCAUAUGCAGCAAGUGCUAGGCGAAUCGGAAUCCAACUCUUCCCGGUACUACUUACCUCAUCACCCGGUAAUCCGAGAAACCAGCUCCACUACCAAGGUCCGCGUCGUUUUCGACGCGUCGUGCAAAUCAGCAGCGGGAAAAUCCCUGAAUGACGUGCUCAUGGUCGGCGCAGUAAUCCAGGAUGACUUAAGAGCUAUCAUUCUGAGAUCCAGGCUUCAUCAGGUGAUGCUCAUCGCAGACAUUAAACAAAUGUAUCGGCAGAUUUUGGUUGAUGACAGAGACACUCCACUCCUGCGAAUUUUUUGGCGGAAUUCUCCAGAACAUCCUAUGCAAACAUUCGAGCUCAAAACGGUAACCUACGGCACGGCCAGCGCACCAUUUCUGGCCACCAGGGUCCUCCAGCAGCUAGCAGACGACGAAGAAUCGAACUUUCCCGAAGCAGCUAAGAUCCUCAAGAGAGAUGUCUAUGUCGACGACCUAUUCACCGGUGGAAGCUCUCCAACGACAGUAGCGGAACUGCGAACUCAGCUUGACAAGUUGUGCAGAACAGGUGGAUUUGAAUUCCGGAAGUUUGCCUCCAAUGUUGAAUCGGUUCUUGACGGCGUUUCUCCUGAAAGGCAUGCUAUCCAAUCCUCGGUCGAACUUGCAGCAGACCAGUGCAUCAAAACCCUGGGCCUACACUGGGAACCAGCAGCCGACAACUUGCGAUUCCACAUUCAACUACCAAAGCAACCUCCAGACACCCUCAUGACCAAACGAAUUGCUCUUUCGCAAAUUGCCCAGCUUUUUGAUCCCUUAGGAUUGGUUGGACCAGUCAUCGUAACUGCCAAGAUAUUCAUGCAGACACUGUGGGGCCUUACAUCUGACGAAGACAAACCUUGGGGCUGGGAUCAACCGCUGCCAGAUUCUCUCUCCAAUUAUUGGAUCAAGUAUUACUCUCAGCUGCCCCUGCUUGAGCAACUGAGAAUCCCUCGAUGUGUUGUGUUGGCUGAGCCAAGUACCAUUGAAUUGCACCUUUUUUCGGACACAUCGGAGCAAGCUUAUGGCGCCUGUGCGUAUCUGCGAUCGACCGACGCGUCUGGUAAUGUUUUGGUAUCCUUAUUGACGGCAAAAUCGAAGGUUUCACCCUUGAAAAAGCGCAGCAUUCCUCGGCUCGAACUCUGUGGAGCACUAGAAUCGGCUCAACUUUACCAAAAGAUCUGCUCCGCCUUUGAAUCGAAAUUCACAACAUUUUUCUGGGUCGACUCAACUACAGUUCUAGCCUGGCUGAAGGCCAGCCCAUCAGUGUGGACUACAUUCGUCGCUAACCGAGUGUCCAAAAUCCAGCUGGCAACGGUGGGCACUUCUUGGAACCAUGUGGCAGGGCAGCAGAACCCUGCAGACCACAUCUCAAGAGGCAUCGACGCUGAAACUAUUCUCGCGUGUGACCUUUGGUGGAAAGGUCCACAGUGGUUGCAAACCGAACAAUCCUCCUGGCCUGUCAAACAGCAAAAUCAAUCGUUCGAAACGCAGUUGGAAUCUCGAUCAACCCCGAUUCAACUUUUGACAUCAACAGCUGAUCCUUCAUUCAUUGAUCUGUUCGUUGAACGAUUCUCAUCGUUCCAACACAUGCUACGGGUAACGGCAUUCUGUUUCCGGUAUAUUUCAAACUGUCGGACCAAACGGACGAAGCAGCAGAAGUUGUUUGGCACUUUUUCAAAGACGGAAAUUCAAAAUGCAGAAUCAGCGCUCAUUCGUCUUGUUCAACUUCAGGAAUUCCCCAACGAAACAAGUGCUCUACGUGACUCAAAGUCCAUUCCCGUUAAAUCCCGACUCCGGUGGUUUACUCCUUUCCUAGAUCAAGAUGGAGUCAUGCGUGUGGGUGGCAGACUUGAUCGAGCAUCCUUGACAUACGACAGUAGGCACCAAAUCCUCCUCCCGUAUCACCAUCGUUUUUCUGCUUUACUUGUCCAAUGCUAUCAUCAACGAAAUCUUCAUGCGUCACCACAAUUACUCAUCGGACUACUUCGCCUUCGCUAUUGGAUAAUAGGGGCCAGAAAUCUGGCCAAAGUAGUCGUACAUCGCUGCACCAUUUGCUUCCGAGCUCGGCCAAAAUUGGUUGAGCAAUUUAUGGCUGAGCUGCCCAAGGAACGAAUCACAGCCACUCGUCCCUUCACGGUGACGGUGGUUGACUAUUGGGGCCCAAUUAUGCUGAAACAUCCGCAUCUAUUCGAUUUGACAACAGCCAAGUUUAUACAAGCAUUGCGACGCUUUGUAUCUCGCCGAGGCCCUCCGUCGGACAUCUACUCCGAUAACGGACGGAACUUUCUCGGGGCUAAAAACGAGCUCAAACGACUCAUCCGCCAGACUGAACAUGCGCAGAAGGUUGAACAGGAGUGCGCUGAUUGCCACAUUAGAUGGCACUUCAAUCCGCCCAGAGCAUCCCACUUUGGCGGGCUGUGGGAAUCGGCCAUCAAUUCCGCCCAGAAACACUUUGUCCGCGUCGUACGUGACCAUUCAUUACUCUUCGAUGACAUGCAGACACUCUUGAAUCAAAUCGAAUGCUGCCUUAACUCCCGGCCUCUUGUUCCCGUAAGCGAUGAUCCGACUGACUUCGAGCCACUCACGCCCGGACAUUUCCUCGUUGGGACUUCAUUAAAGGCUGUUCCCGACGAAGAUCUGAGCGAAAUACCAUUUAAUCAUCUGAGGAAGUGGCAGCAAGUACAAAAAUUGUUCCAGGAUCUGUGGCGAAGAUGGCACCUGGAAUAUUUAACGAAAUUACAACCACGAAGCAAAUGGGUGCACUCACCUGUAACUAUUAAAGAAAACCAGCUGGUUCUCUUGAAGGAGGAAAACAUCCCACCAAUGCGUUGGCCGACAGCAAGAGUGAUCCAGACACAUCCUGGCGAAGACGGAAUCAUCCGAGUGGUGACUUUGAGAACGCCGAAGGGCUCCUGUACAAGACCGGUGUCAAAAAUCUGCCUGCUGCCGAUUGCAUCAUCGUCGGAGGAAUCAACACUUUUCACUUCCCGAGGAGAACACAACACAAUCCACACAACAUGUACAGCACAAUACCAACCACAUAACACCACCGUUCGAGUCGACGUUCCGGUUCCCGCUUGCAAACUUUCAAGGCACUAUACUAUUUGCAAUCAGUCAUCGUCAGAAACGUUGUUUCUGAAGGGGCCAGGAUGUUCGUGCAUGCACGAAAAUGAGUAA